AUGAAUAAUAUUAAACUAGUAGUAUUAGGUACAGGGUCAGUUGGUAAAUCUUCUAUCACCAUCCGUUUUGUUCACAAGGAAUUUGUUGACAAGUAUGAUCCAACAAUUGAAGAUUUAUAUAGAACACCAAUUGAAUAUAAUGGACAAAUAUGGUGUCUAGAGAUUAUGGAUACCUCUGGUACUGAAAUUCUACGUAUGAGAGAUCUCUAUAUUCGUAAUGGACUCGGUUUCCUCUUGGUCUAUGGUAUCAAUAGCAUGGGUAGUUUCCUAGAGUUGCAACAAAUCAAAGAACAAAUUGUCCGUGUCAAGGAAAUGAAAGCAUCCGACAUGCCAAUCCUAGUCAUUGGAAACAAGGCCGAUCUAGAAAGUGACCGUCAAGUAUCAUCUGACGAGGCUCAACAACUUUGUGCUAAAUGGGGUGUCGAAUUUAUGGAGGCUUCCGCAAAGACUGGAAUGAAUAUUGAUUCCGUCUUUGAGAGUGUAGUCAAACAAGUUCAAGAUAAACUAUUGGCAAAGAAACCAAAGAAACAAUCUAUACUUAAAAAAACAUUCACACCUCCAAACUAA